UGUUAUUUCCUGUUUAGCGGCGUGUGCUGUAUUGCCGCCAUUUUAUCAAUCGUUCGUGGCUCUUUUGGCUUUCCGUUGAGUGGCCAUCGAACGAAUGAUUGUAAUUUUCAAAAUUAAAAAUUUCGUGUUGAAUAUAUUAGUGAGUUUCUUAAAUCGGUAAUCUGUUUUAAAAAGAUCAUCACAAAAUGGGGGACCCCUAUUCAUCAAGUGAUUAUAACAGCGGAGGAUACUCGUCUCAAUAUUCCGUUCCACCACCAGCAGCUUCUUCUGGUGAUAAUAACUAUAGCGGUGGUCAACAAGGGGGUUACAAUCAGGGUCAGGGCAGUUAUUCUGGACAAAGUUCAGGUCAAGAUUGGAAUUCCCAAAGUUCAGGAGGAAGUAACUAUGGUGGUAACGGUCAAUCUGGCAAUAGCUAUGGUCAAAGUUAUAGUUCUAACUAUGGUAGUGGAGGAUAUGACCGCAACAGUGGCAGUGGGGGCGGUAACAACUACAAUGUAGGUGGAAGUGACCGUGGCGGAAGCAACUAUAGCAGCAGCGAGCGGAGUGGUGGGGGCUCCAAUUAUGGUGGAAAUGACAGGGGAGGCGGCGGUGGUUACUCUGGUGGUGACCGGGGAUAUGGAGGGGGUGACCGCUCCAGCUACAAUAGAGACGGGGGAAAUAGAGAUAGCGGAUAUGGUGGCGGCGGCAGGGGGGGUGGUUAUAAUAAAGGCGGUGGCAAUGGAGGCGGGUACGGCGGCGGAGAUCGGGGGGGCAGUGACAUGAUCACCCAGGAGGACACCGUGUUCAUUCAGGGCAUGAACCCAUCUACUACUGAAGAUGAAUUGUGUCAGCAUUUUGGUGCUAUCGGCAUUAUUAAGACUGACAAGAAAACGCAACGACCUAAAGUAUGGAUGUAUAAGGACAAAGCUACCGGUCAGCCUAAAGGGGAGGCGACUGUGACUUACGAGGACAGCAAUGCAGCGUCUUCUGCCAUACAGUGGUUCGACGGAAAAGAUUUUAAUGGAGCUACAAUAAAAGUGUCCCUGGCCCAGCGUCAGAAUACUUGGGGCGGGGCCAAAGGAGGCGGCGGUGGCGGCGGCUUCCGCGGCGGGCGCGGGGGCGGUGGGGGCGGAGGCCGCGGCGGCGGCGGGGGAGGACGCGGUGGAGGCGGCGGCGGCCCGCCCUCCGGCAACCGGGAGGGAGAUUGGCGCUGUCCCAACCCCAACUGCGGGAAUACCAACUUUUCAUGGAGAAAGGCGUGCAACAGAUGUAACGAGGAGAAACCGGGCGGUGGCGGCGGCGGCGGGCCACCCUCCGGUGGCGAACGCGGCGGACGUGGGGGAGGGCGUGGUGGUGGACGCGGGGGUGGUUGGGGCGGGCGCGGUGACCGUGGCGGAGACCGAGGCGGUGACAGGCGCUACGGCGGCAGCGGUGGCGGAGAGCGCGGCGGCCCGCCCGGCGGCGGAGCCAUGCGAGGCGACGGCGGUGGCAGAGACAGGCAGAGGCCUUAUUAACGCUAUACAUAGUAUAAUUAGGAUUAACAUUAAGUUUUCAAUGGUUUGACUGAUUGUUGUAGGAUUCUCACAACUUACUCCAUAGGUAAUUAAAUGACAAGAUUCAUAUAUCUAAACCUGUAAUUGUAGUACAUAUUUUGUACCAUUGAUUUCUAACAAAUUUAUCAUAUGGUAUGUUUUAAUAUCAACCAUAUUAACUUGUGUAUUAUUAUUAUCCAUAAAACUACUGAAUAGAAUCUUUUACUAUGUUUAAUUUUUCUUUUAAUCUAUUAAGGCCCAACGUAACACAAGGCAACGUAAAUCUUAGAAACUAAUAUUGUAUCCUUGCAUCACAAGUAUUGCGUUGUGCGCGUUCUAUACACACUAAGUUGGAUCGUCGACGCGAGUUAUCUAUUCGGUCAGAGGGUCUAAACUAAAGGGUUAAAAAAAUGAAAAAAGCUCACACUCUUACUUUUAUUUCGGGUUUACGCAGUAUUUCUAGAAUAGAAUUGAAAUGAUAACGAUGUGUGUAGAAUGUACCAGCCGAAGUUGCAUGCGGUAAUUUUUAGCCCAUAUGUAUGUAGAAAAGUAAACUCUUCAAAUAUCUGUCAAUUUGCAUGUUAUAUAAGGAAAUUGUUGUCACAAAUUUGCAAGAGAAAAACACCACCUCGAGCCGUCUAAAAUUGAAAAUGUAGACAUUACUGAAUGUAAUUAACUUACUCUGCCUCAAUCUUAGCUGACAUUGCUUAGCGACUACAAUAGUCUGGUUUGGAAAAUUUUACGUUUCCUUGUGUACAAAGGGUCUUUAGUCUACAAGUUAAAGCGUUAAUUUUAUAGUCUAAGAAAAGAUCAUCGUUAUCAGAGUAGCAAAGAUCGUCUACUGUGUAAAUUAAGAUGGUAAGAGAUUAAGAAUAUUAAAGUAUUGUAAAAUUCAAAUUGACCAUAUUUCAUGGACUGGUAUUAAACAAGCUUUUUGUUCUCAUUCUUUCUAUAUGUACUUUGAAAAUAGUUCAAUUUAUGUGUAAUAAAUUUGUGAAUAUGUAUAGAGGUAUGUUUUAUUUCAUGAAUAUUAAACGACACUGUUCUAGUUGCCAGAAUUC